CAAUGGAAUGAAUAGACCGUAAAUAGGAGCCAAUGGGAGGCGGAGGGCGCAUAUAAAAGCGGUGAGUCCUGUAAUCCGCAGCAGCAGCACCAGAACCGCUUGAGAAUCUCAUCGGGACGGAACCAAGGUCAGCAGGAUGCCGUUCGGAAAUUCCCACAACCAGGUGAAGAUGCGCUUCUCUUCGGACGAAGAGUUCCCCGACCUGCGCGCUCACAAUAACCACAUGGCUAAGGUGCUCACGCCCGACAUGUACGCGCGCCUGCGUGACAAGGAGACACCCAGCGGAUUCACCUUGGACGAUGUCAUUCAGACUGGUGUGGACAACCCAGGUCACCCUUUCAUCAUGACGGUGGGUUGCGUGGCUGGGGAUGAGGAGACCUACGAGGUGUUCAAGGACCUGUUGGACCCUGUGAUUGAGGACCGCCAUGGGGGAUACAAACCCACAGACAAGCACAAGACGGACCUGAACCCAGAAAACUUGCAGGGGGGUGAUGACCUGGAUCCCAACUACGUGCUGAGUUCUAGGGUCCGGACAGGUCGAAGCAUUCGUGGCUUCUGCCUGCCCCCCCACUGUAGCCGUGGAGAACGGCGCGCCAUCGAACAGUUGUCCAUCCAAGCUCUGGACUCCCUUGAGGGGGACUUGAAGGGGAAGUACUACGCCCUAAAGAACAUGACUGACGAGGAGCAGCAGCAGCUUAUUGAUGAUCACUUCUUGUUUGACAAGCCCGUCUCUCCUCUGCUGCUGUCGUCUGGCAUGGCUCGUGACUGGCCGGAUGGCCGUGGCAUUUGGCACAAUGACAACAAGACCUUCUUGGUGUGGGUCAAUGAGGAGGACCACCUGCGGGUCAUUAGCAUGCAGAAAGGGGGCAACAUGCGGGAGGUGUUCAAUCGCUUCUGCACUGGUCUCACUAAGAUCGAGGAGCUCUUCAAGGAGCAAGGACACGAGUUCAUGUGGAACGAGCACCUGGGCUACGUCCUGACCUGCCCCUCCAACCUUGGGACGGGGCUGAGGGCCGGCGUGCACGUCAAGCUGCCCAACCUUAGUAAGCACGAGAAGUUCGGGGAAGUCCUGAAAAGGCUGCGGCUGCAAAAGAGAGGAACCGGGGGGGUGGACACUGCAGCUGUGGGGGGAGUUUUUGACAUCUCCAAUGCAGAUCGCCUGGGCUUCUCUGAGGUGGAGCUGGUCCAGAUGGUGGUGGAUGGGGUCAACCUGCUGGUCAGCAUGGAGAAGUGCCUGGAGGCUGGUGAGGGCAUUGAUGACCUCAUGCCUGAACAGAAGUGAACUGUCCUGCAGGAACAAAACCUCCACUUUCACUCGACCCCUCCUCACUAAUCAGAAACGUCCUGAUGCUGCAGGACCUUAGACCGCUGUUAGACCUCAGUCUUCCAACAUGUGAAGGGUUUUCUAUUUCCUGUCUGCACCUGUUGGAGUUCCAAACCAUAAUAAAGUCUCUGUGGCCCAAACCGAGCGCCAACGCUU